AUGCCUUCGACAACAAAUGAAAAUCUAUCGAAUCCUAAAAGUAUAGCUCCGGCUUCAUUUAAUUUAGUUGGCGAAACAACAACAUCAUUAUCAUCGUUACCGUCAACUCUAUCCAUUUCACCUCGUGAUCGUUGCCGUCGAUGUCAGCAACUCGUCUAUGUUACUGAACGUAUUGGCCCAGUUAAAGAUUCUCUCUAUCAUAAAUUAUGUUUUAAAUGUUUAAAAUGUGAUCGGCAAUUAGAUUUUAAAACCUAUUUUACAAAUUCAAUUGACCUCAAUGACAAAGAAAUCUAUUGUCAAAGUCAUGUACCACGGUCGGGUAAGGGUAUUUUUUCAACAGAAAAUAUUCAUAUACAAAAUGUGAUGAACGCACCGAAGCUAAAUGUCAUGCAGAAAUUGGAUGAUCGACUUAAAGGUACUCAUCUCGAUUCUCAAUCAGUUUCAAUAGCACACGCUAUGAAAGCACAGCAAAUGUUUGAGCAGGGCCGAGAAAAAAUUUCAUCGACUCACAAUUUUCCAGCAUUACCACCGGAUAUUCUACAUGCUCGUGAAGAAGUCCGUCGUGCACAAAAAUCUUUAGAAGAAAAACAACGCGAAGAAGAAGAUAAAUUAUUUGUGAAAUUUCGUGUUGAUCGUGAGUUGGAAGAGAAAAAAAUUGAACGCGAAGUGAUCGACGAAUGGGAAAAGAAAUUACAAGUACUUACAACUAAAUAUGAAGAUGAUUUACGACGAAAAAAAGAUAAAAAAAUGGAACGAGAAUUAACACUUCGUUUUACAAAAGAAAAAGCUGAACUAGAACAAAAUAUGACUUUAAAACGAGAUAAAAAGCGUGAAAUUGUUCGAAAACAAUUGAUGGAAAAAGAACAAGAAACAACACAUUCACUCGUUUCGAAAUUUAGUAAAGAAAUGAUUAAUUUAAUACAAGCCAAAGAACGCGAAGUAUUGGUCGAAAAUGGUGUUGACGAUCAAUUAGCAGCGUCCUAUUCCAUGAUUCAAUUAAGCCAACCUCCUCCACCACAACCACCCUGCCGCCAUAAACGUGAUUUAUACGAAGAUCCAUCCAUAUUUGAACAAGUCGAUCAACAAGCUAUUACUGUUGCCGAAAGCGAACAAACAUCUUAUACCGAAUUAAUCGAUCAACUAACAUAUGGUUUAUUAACCGAUUUAGAGAAGGCUCGAGCUAUUUUUCGAUGGAUAACUGUCAAAGAUUUAAAUGCAAUUGAUUUUCAAAAUAAUCUUGCUUCUGACACACCGAUGGGUUUAUUACGAGGCAUAAAAUAUGGUACUGAAACUUAUCAUACAUUAUUUAUGCGUCUAUGCAGUUUUGCUGGCUUGCAUUGUGUUGACGUGAAAGGUCAUUCGAAAAGUGUAGGAUAUGAGCCAGGUAUGCGAAUUGCUGAAGGUAAAUUUACCAACACCUGGAAUGCAGUUUUAAUCGAUGGCGAAUGGCGAUUUGUUCAAUGUAAUUGGGGCGCAAGACAUUUAGUAAUGAGUAAAGAUAAAAAACAAGUAGACAAAGCACCACCGGCGCCAACUCGAGAAAAAAUUAAAUAUCAGUAUGAUGAACAUUAUUUUCUUCCUGAUCCCGAAGAUUUUAUUCUUGAAUUUUUUCCAUUUAAACCCGAAUGGCAAUUACUUGAAUCUCCAAUAAAUUUAACACAAUUCGAACAAUUACCAUUUGUUCGUUCGCUCUUCUUUCAUUAUCAUUUGUCGUUUGUUAAUCAACAAAAUGCAGUCAUUCAAACGGACAACCGUGGCGCAUGCGAUAUUAAAUUGCGUAUGCCCGAUUCCUUAAAACAUCGUUUAGCAUUUCACUUUCAUUUACGUUUUGCACAUGCAACAAAUGCAAAUGGUCAAACUGACGAUUCCAUUGACAUUCACGGUGUUAAACUUGAACGUUAUGUUUUACAUACAGUUCAAGAUGAUUUAGUUUCAUUUAAUAUUCAUGUACCACAAGAAGGAGAUUAUUUUAUUGAAAUAUUCGCAUCACUUGUGGAACCUGAUCCGAACCCGUAUGGACAAAGUUUUAAAUUGAAAUGUGUUUGUAAAUAUCGAAUUGGAUGUCCACAGCUAACACAACGAAUGCAUCCCCUUCCAGCAUGUGCAUCAGGUGAAUGGGGGCCGACGAAAGCUAUCCGUCAUUUCAGCAUUCAUCCUCUAACACAUUUUCAGUCGAUAUUUGAAACAAAUCAUUUGCCAAUACUCAUUAAAUUUCAAUGUCCGAAAAUACUUAAAUUUCACGGAAAACUAAAUUCCAAUCAACAUGCAACCGUUCCCAACAAUAAUAAUACAAUGCCUAGUACUGCUGUGCCAAAUAUUCUAGAUAAAUAUGUUAAAUAUGAAUACAGUGAACAGGAUUUGACAAUAACAUUUAUGAUAAAUUUACCUACCGAAGGUCAAUAUGGUUUCGAUAUCUACGCGCGUGAUCCAGAAUAUCAAUCGGAAAAACGAACUAUGUCACAUUGUUGUAAAUAUAUUAUUAAUUAUUCGAAAACAUCGAUGCCUUCACCAGCGCCUAUCAUUGAAACAAAAACUAACAAUAAUAAUUUCUAUCAUGACUACUCAUUCGAUAAUCCGAAGUCGAAUGGACAACAACGAAUCGGCUCAUCAACUAAUAGCAAAAUUGAACGAAGUCUUUCACCUCGUUCCAUAUCCUCGAAUAGUUCAUCUUCGUUACCCAUACCGAAAGUAGGAGGUAAUACAAGUGUACUUUCUCAACUUGGUAUGAGUCCAAUCAGUCAUUCUGAUCCAUCCAUAACACUUCAAUCAACAAAUUAUAUUGAAUUACAAUUUCAAAUCCGUAAAAUGGUAGACUUUUCAUUUGAUCUCAUUUAUCAUCAUACAUUCAAUGAUUUAUCUACGCGAACACCGUCAACCAAUUUAAAUCAGCAUUUAAGUGCAUCAGAUUAUGUUGCAAUAAAAUCCACUGGUGGUUGUAAUGUUACGUUUGCACUCAAUUUACCUAAACCAGGCGUUUAUACAUUUACGAUUUAUGCAGCUACACCCAAUACACAAAAUGGACAGGGUGAACUACCAGCUGUUUUUACUUAUUUACUUCGUUAUGUUUAG